AUGAGUGACGCCCAAGCAAACGAGGCCGAGAAGAACAUCGAGAUCUGGAAGGUGAAAAAGCUCAUCAAGCGCUUGGAGGCUGCUCGAGGAAAUGGAACCUCCAUGAUCUCCCUCAUCAUUCCGCCAAAGGAUCAGGUGUCCCGGGCUGCGAAGAUGUUAGCAGAAGAAUAUGGUACUGCAUCGAACAUCAAGUCCCGUGUCAAUCGACAAUCUGUCCUGUCUGCUAUUACAUCUACCCAGCAGCGGUUGAAGCUUUACAACAAGGUUCCCCCGAAUGGCUUGGUCGUUUAUUGUGGUGAAAUCUUGACUUCCGAAGGCAAGGAGAGAAAGGUCAAUAUCGAUUUCGAACCCUUCAAGCCUAUCAAUACCUCCCUAUACCUUUGCGACAACAAGUUCCAUACCGAGGCUCUUGCCGAACUCUUGGAAUCUGACCAGAAGUUUGGCUUUAUUAUCAUGGAUGGUAAUGGAGCGCUUUUCGGAACUUUGAGUGGCAACACACGAGAUGUGGUUCACAAAUUUUCUGUUGAUCUUCCCAAGAAGCAUGGUCGUGGUGGACAAUCUGCCCUUCGUUUUGCCCGUCUUCGUGAGGAGAAGCGGCACAACUAUGUCCGCAAGGUUGCCGAAUUGGCCGUCCAAAACUUUAUCACUGCCGACAAAGUCAACGUCGCUGGCAUUAUCUUGGCUGGCUCCGCAGAUUUCAAGAACGAUUUGAACCAGUCAGAUCUUUUUGACAACCGCCUGCAAACCAAAGUCAUCAAGGUCGUUGAUGUUUCAUAUGGUGGCGAGAACGGUUUCAAUCAAGCUAUUGAGCUUUCUGCCGAAACCCUCAGCAAUGUCAAGUUCAUUCAAGAGAAGAAAUUGAUUGGAAAGUACUUUGAGGAGAUCAGUCAAGACUCUGGACGUGUUUGCUAUGGUGUUGAGGAUACGUUGAAAGCACUGGAGCUCGGUGCUGUUGAGACUUUGAUUGUCUUUGAGAACCUGGAAAUUAAUCGAUGGGUGCUCAAGGAUGUCAAUGGGGUCCAGAUCGUUUUGCACACCACCAAGCAAUCGGAGGCCGCCAACCGUGAGCAAUUUAUGGAUAAGGAAACCGGCCAGGAGAUGGAAGUUGUCCAACAGGAGUCUUUCUUGGAAUGGAUUGCUGAGAAAUACAAGGACUUUGGUGCUACUUUGGAGUUCGUCUCUGAUCGUUCCUCGGAGGGCAACCAGUUCGUUAAAGGCUUUGGUGGUAUUGGUGGACUUCUCCGCUAUAAGGUCAACUUUGAGCAAUUAGCUGAAGUUGAUGACGAUGAUGACUACUAUGACGAUUGA